AUGAAGGUUAUUGUGAUAUUAUAUUUCAUUGCCUUAAUUAAUGCUUCUCUUUGUAGUAAUGGGCAAUGGUUUGAUGGUCAGAAGUGUAUUGCAUGUUCUUCCUAUUGUACUGAAGGUUGUGAUGAAACUUUUGGAUGUAAAAGUUGUCAAAGUGGAUAUUAUCUUAAAAAUGGAGAUUGUGUAAAAUGUGAUUCCAAGUGUGCAUCAACAAAUGAUUGUGUAGAAGAUUAUGGAUGUGUUAAAUGUACUGUAGGAACAUAUUCUGUUGAUGGAAAUUGUCUUCCUAUUUCUGAUAAAUGUGAUUCAGCAGAAGGUUCAUCUAAUCAAAUCUUUGGAUGUUUGAAAUGUGUUGAAGGAUAUUAUGCUAAGAAUGGUGAUUGUGUCGAAAAACCAAAACAAUGUAUUGAAUUUGAUCAGUCAAGUGGAUGUACUAAAUGUAGUACUGGAUAUUAUGCACGUAAUGGUGAUUGUGUUGAAUGUGAUAAGAAAUGUACAUUAUGUGAUGGAAGUACAGGAAUUUGCCAAGUUUGUGGAGGAAAUACUUAUCAAACAGGAACUACUGUCUGUACUUAUUGUGAUGAAUAUUGUUCUAACUGUGAUAAUACUGAACAAAAAUGUUUAGGAUGUCAAGCUGGAAGAUAUCUUAAUUCUACUACUAAUACUUGUAUGUUAUGUCCUAGUAAUUGUGAGGUUGAUUCUUGUUCAGAUGGAGUUGGGUGUAAAAAAUGUAAAAAAGGAUUCUUCUUACAUAAACAAAAUGCAUGUAUUGCUUGUCAAUCUAGUUGUAAUGAAUGUGAUAGUCAAGAAGGGUGCAAACAAUGUAAGGAAGGUUAUACUUUGAAUAAAGAUAAAGGUAUUUGCAGUGGUGCUACAACUAUUCUUUCUUUAUUGCUUGUUGCUCUUUUAAUCGUUGCUUUCUAA